CGGGAGUCUCGGUUUGUUGGUGGCUCCGCUCGGGCGGCGGUGGUCCGGCCGCGGCGGGAGGCUCCGUCUCCCCGAGACUUGACUGGGAGGCGAAGCAGCUCCGGGCGAGAGAGGAGCGGACGGCGGGUCUUGGAGGGGCGGCGGCGCCCUCCGUCUGCGCGGAGGGAGGGGUCCGGAGGGCCCUCGGAGUCCGCCCGGGCCUGCGUGUCCCUUUCUCUGCCGUCGCCGCGCCCGCCGCCAAGAUGAGCUCGGCCUCCGCCCCCUCUUUCGAGAAGCAGCACCUCUGGAUGUAUCUGCAGGCGCUCGGCUUCGACCCCGGCCCGGCCACCGCCGCCUGCGGGAAGGUCGUGUCGCACACGCACCUCGGAGUGAACAUGUUUGACAAGCAGAACCGUGAUGCCUUUUAUAUAGUUUCUUAUUUUUUGUUUCAAACGCUGGACCAGUCUCUCACCAAAGAAGUUUUCAAAUUAUGUUGGCCUCCAUUUGACCAAAAAAGUGAUGCUGAAUUCCGGAAACAUUGCUGCGAAUGGUUAAAAAGGAUUUCUGCUGAAUGUGAAAUCUUUCCUCAAGUUGUUGGUUCACUAUUUCUUUCUCCUGGUGGUCCUAAGUUUAUUCAUCUGAUGUAUCAUUUUGCAAGAUAUGUUGCACUGAAAUAUAUUAAGACCAAUUCCAGAAAUUCUUCUCUAUUUCCUAAAGAGACAUUUAAUGUAAAGCCACAGGAUUUGCACAAGUGUAUUGCCAGAUGCCAUGUAGCACGUAAUAGAUUUUUACAGAUUUUGCAAAGAGAAGAUUAUGUUAUCAAAAAAUAUCAGGAAAAUGCACAAUUAUUAGUUAAGCAAGUACGAAAUGCAAGAUCCGAAUGUAUAGGACUACAGAAUCAAAUAAAAGAAAUGGAACCCUAUGAUGACCCAAGUAAUAUAGAAGAGAAAAUUGAAAAGGUUCGGUCUUUGUGGGCUUCAGUGAAUGAAACACUCAAGUUUUUGGAAAAAGAAAGAGAAGUUGUUAGUUCUGUCCUUAGUCUUGCUAACCAAUAUACUUUAGAUGGAACUAAUGUUGUUAUUAAUAUUCCAAGUCUGUUGUGUGACAAAAUUCAGAAACAAAUGAGUCAGUUGCACAUAGGAAAUAUUUAUGAAGCUGGAAAAUUGAACCUUUUAACAGUUAUUCAGGUAUUAAAUGAAGUCUUGAAAAUAUUGAAAUAUGAACGUUGUCAGACUGACCAAGCAAGAUUGACAGUAGACCUUCACUACCUUGAAAAAGAGACCAAAUUUCAGAGGGAAAGAUUAUCGGAUCUGAAGCAUAUGAGGCAUAGAAUAAAAGAAGAUCUUACGACUAUAAGACAUUCUAUUGUUGAAAAGCAAGAAGAUUGGCAUAAAAAGUGGAAAGAAUUUCUUGGUUUGUCUCCUUUCCGUCUAGUUGAAGGUUGGACUCCAGCUGUGGACCUACUACCACCUAUGUCUCCUCUUUCGUUUGAUCCUGCCUCAGAAGAAACUUAUGCAAAGAGUAUUCUUUUUCAGUAUCCUGCUUCUCUUCCAGAUACACCUGAGCUACAUAACCAAGAAAAUGACUGCAGAGGAGACAGUGAUAAUUUGGGAGCUGUCCAUGAUCUAGCCAACAGCUCUGUGUCUUUGCUGUUGCAGCCAGCUUCAUCCUCAGAUAGAAGUAGUGUUACUGUACUUGGAAAGGACACGAAAGUGAGACUUCCCAAAGACAAAAAUGAAACAGUUUCUAAGAAAAUACCAGAAUUUGAAAUGGAAGACUCUCCAUUAUCGGAUAUUGCAAAGAGUAGUCAAGCUGGAGGGUCUCUACCAACCAAAAAAAGUGAUCCAUUCCAUAAAGAACAAGAUCAUCUGGCAGAAGAGGUUGUCAAGGCUGUUUUAUCUGAUUCACCACAGGUCUCUGAAGGAAAAGAUGUAAAAUUAGAGGAACUUAUUGACCAUUUAGGUUCUAACCCCUUCUUAACAAGGAACCGAAUUCCUCGUACUCCAGAAAGCUUGAUAACUGAAAUUAGGAGCUCAUGGAGAAAAGCUAUUAAUACGGAAGAUAACAGAAAUAUGGAACCAAUUCAGAUGGACACUGAACAUUUUAAAGAAGUAUUGCCAGAAUCUUUACCUGUGUUGCAUAAUCAAAGAGAAUCUAGUAUGGCCAGCUUUUUCUCAGGAACCUCUGUAUCAGAAUUUGACCAGUCUCAUUUUCCUGAAGAGAAAGUUGUUUUGGACUACAAGUGUUUGCCUCAGAAACAAGUGGUGACUGGUCACAUAGGUGAAUCACUAACACAAAAUCAGUCAGAUUUGUUAGAUAAGAAAGUAUUUUGCAAGCAAGAUUUGGAAUGUGUAGCUUUACCAACCAAGCUUUCAGAAACUAGCCGAAUAGAGACUUUCUCCCCUGCUGUGGGCACUAGGGUAGAUGUGAUGACUGGCAGUAAAGAUACCAAAACACUGGACCACUCACAAGCCUCUUAUAACAAGCCUUCCAUGAGCAAAACUCUGUUAUGGAACUCUUUCCAAGUAUCAAGUGGAAUUAGUUCUCCGAGUUUUAAGGAUACUGAUUUUGGGAUAUUACACGAAACUCUUCCAGAAGUUGGUCGCCUAAGUUUUUGUAGCUCCUCUAGCUCAGAGGCCAAUUUUAAACUGGAACCAAACAGUCCUGUGUACAGUGAUGUUUUCCCAGAGGGUUUUGUAGGAGAAAGACAGACUACUUCAGAAUCAGACUUGAAUUUACAGGCAAUUUGCAGGAGAUAUGAGGCUCAGAAAAAAUCUCUCUGUGAGGAAAGGGAAGAAUCCUACCUCCCUAAUCCUGAAACAUUUGAAAGACACAAACCAGAAUUGAGCCCUACUCCCCAAAACAUGCAAACAGAUGAUAUGCUGAGCUUUUUGGACACUCAUGAUUUGCAUACGGACUAUGCAAAACCAUCUUUACGCAUGUCACUUGGGGAAAGAAAACGGUCUCUUUCGCCACUAAUUAAGUUUUCUCCAGAACAAAGAUCAAGGACCACAAUACCAUGUAGUCUCGGAGAACUUCUACCUAAUUUAAAAGAAGAAGACAUCUUGAAUAAGAGCCUUGAUGAAAAAGAAUCUCCGACAUGA